AUGGUCGCUGCUAACAAGAUUAUCGUGUGUGAUAAUGGCACCGGAUUUGUUAAAGCUGGAUUUGCCGCUGAGAAUUUUCCAAAAGCAAUCUUUCCAUCGCUUAUUGGACGACCGGUCUUACGUGCCGAGGAAGCCGUUCAAUCGGAUAUUUUACUCAAAGAUAUUAUGUUUGGUGAUGAAGCAGCAGCAGUCCGAUCAAACCUGGAAAUCACGUAUCCAGUGGAAAAUGGGAUUGUCAAGAAUUGGAAUGAUAUGGAGAAACUCUGGGAUUAUACAUUCAAGGAACGCUUAGGACUUGAUCCAAUCGCUGGAUAUCGAAUUCUAUUGACGGAACCACCAUUAAAUCCAAAACGCAAUCGAGAAAAACUCGUGGAAAUGAUGUUUGAGAAUUAUGGUUUUGAUGGAUGUAAUAUCACGACACAAGCUAUGCUGACAUUAUAUGCACAGGGAAUUACAACUGGUGUGGUCAUUGAUACGGGUGAUGGUGUGACACAUGUUGUACCAGUGUACCAAGGUUACGUACCACAGCAUUUGAUUUGUCGUCUCGAUGUUGCUGGACGUCAUAUUACCAAUUAUCUCAUUAAACUCAUGUUACUACGUGGAUAUCCUUUGAAUCGUACGGCGGACUUUGAAACAGCGCGUCAGAUUAAAGAAAAAUGGUGCUACGUAGCUUAUGAUACAGCUGCUGAACGUAAACUUGCACUGGAAACUACGAUUCUUGAAGAAUCCUAUGAAUUGCCGGAUGGUCGUAUUGUACGACUUGGAUGUGAACGUUUUGAAGCACCGGAAGCUCUCUUUGAACCGAAUUUGAUUGAUGUCGAGGGUGCUGGACUUAGUGACAUGGUGUUUGAGAUGUGCAUGAAAGCGGACAUUGAUCUGCGCACGGAAUUUUUCAAGAAUAUUGUACUCUCUGGUGGUUCCAGUAUGUACCCGGGUCUACCAAGCCGUCUUGAAAAAGACAUUAAGCAGCGAUACUUGACCGAUGUGCUCAAGGGAGACAAGAGCCGUCUGAGCAAAUUUCGUCUGCGCAUUAACGACCCGCCUCGUCGUAAACACCUGGUCUUCCUUGGUGGUAGUGUGCUGGCUGACGUCAUGAAGGACAACGACGCUUUCUGGCUGCUAAAGAGCGAGUACCAGGAACAAGGAUUGCGUAUUCUGGACAAACUACAGUAA